CUCUCUCUCUCUCUCUCUCUCUAAUCAUCCUCUUGUCUCACUGUUUGACUGUAAUUCUAAUGGAAACAACCACAGCUCAGCCCGAAAUCAAGGUAUGUUCGAACGAAUUAAACGUAGUUGGAACAGAAGAACCUACAAUAGUGCAGCACGUAACGAAGGCAUCUUCAGAUCAAUUGCUGAGGAAAUUCGCAGAUUCGGAUGACGAGUCUCCUGCAAAGAGAGAGCCACGAGUGCCGAAGCGCCGGAGAAAAUGCCGAAGAAAUGGCGAUGAAGAUAAGGAAAAUUGUGAGAGUCCAUUAAGGAACAGUAACAAUAGCAGCUUGGUAGAGCGGAGAUCUCUUCUACCCUCAGCUGUGACGAGGAAAUCGACACUUCUUCGGCAGCUUGGAAUUGCGAGAUCACAGCUUAGAGCGAGGGAUAUCAGGAACAAGUCUCUCAUGAGAGCUAUUGAGAAGACUUGGCGUAAAACGGUGGAAGGUGCUUCGAAGGUGUUUAUAGAGAGGCAUUACAACCGACAUAAUCGCCUCAUAAACGAUGCAGUUUAACUAGUUCACCAAAAGUAUGCUACUUCCUAUUAUUGUGUUCCUUUCUUUCG